AAACGAGUAGGCUAAUCUUUUGUAGUCGAGAACGAAUUGUAUUCUCCCACAUUUCAUUGACAUUUCUCGUCAAGCACAGAACAGAAAAUAUCAAAAAUGCCGGCACAAAAGCCCCCCGAGUUCAAGUUUCCCAUGCAUGAUUUGCACUUGAAGCAAACGAUUGGCAACUUGAAAAUGGCUUGCACUCUGGCCCUGAUAGCCCCACUGCUACUUUACACUCUUCACAACAAUCCGCGCAGGAGGAAGUAUAGGACCUUCUACUCCAAGUACGAUCCUUUGGAUGCAUUCGACCGUAUGAUGAGUGGAGGAUAUCUCUCCUCUUGUCCCCCGGGAAGUGGUCCCAAAAAGGAUGACAAAAAGGACAAAAAGAAGAAAUAGAUCACAAUGACGAAGGCUACAACAAAUACUCUCUAUAAACUACCACACACUAGAAACCAAGUCUGACACAAAUCUGCAUUCUAAGAAAUUACGCAUUGACUAUACAGUUUUUAACUUAAUGACAAGGAAACGGCAGCCCCCUUAACAAAACUUAACAGAACUUGUACCCAAAUAUUCAAAAUCAACAAUGUUUUUUUCCUGACGAGACGAAAUCGGCCCUUAAAUGGAAAUCGAAGUUCGAAGGAAAUUACGCGUCUUUCAAUUAUGUAUAUCAGCUAACACGUAUAUUUAAAAAUUAAAUGGAGCAUUGCAAACUA